UUCACUCUCUGCAAUCUUAUUCUUCUACCGACUCCAGUCUCCCGCAAAUUCCAUUUCAGCUCACACACCCACAAAUCAAUCCAACCCAAAACCCCCCCACCCAGAUUUCCCCCAAUGGAUUUCGCAAAGCAGCACGCCGACAUCUUCGGCGAGGACGAAGACGACGAACCCAACCAUUCCCAUUCCUCCUCCCCCUCCUCCUCCUCAUCCUCCGCCUCCUCCUCUUCUUCCUCAUCCUCCGCCGCUUCCUCCUCCGCCAGCGACAAAGCCGAGUCCAGCAGCGCCAACAACACCCGGAGCGGCGCCGGUGAGGAGGAGGACGAGCACGGCGAAGAGGCCACUACUAAUUCUGAGUAUCGCGAUAGAGCUGAUUUCGGUGACGAUGAUAAGGAUCUGUUCGGGUCUGAUAAUGAAGACUAUACUAGAACCCCUGCUACCAGCCCUUUCCUCAUUCCUGUAUUGCCGGUGGUGCGCAAUAAUAGUCAUAAUCAGGGGAGAGGGGGAUUCGGGCGUGGUGGUCGGUGGCAACCUGGUCAUCAGAAUGACAGGGGUGCCGGUAUCCUUCCCCGACCGGGGCCUUAUCCGCAGAGGGGGCAUAAUUCAGGUUAUGGGAAGUUCUCGAAUGGUCGUCAUGACGAACGGUUUGUAUCUGAACUGAGACUGUCAAAGAGUGAAGAGACGCUGUCGAGGAAGGUUAUUCAGAUUCAGGAACCAUCUGAACUUGCUUGCUAUAGUCGGGUAGAAGGUGGAGAUGUCAGCUUUGAUGAGAGCAGCCUGAGGCUUUUCAAGCGCCUUAUAACUGAAGACAUUGGUGCUGAUCUUAAUCAAGGCUUUGACACAUUCACAGCAAAGAAAGACUUAGGCUCUCAUGGUUUUGGUGACCUUCUUGCCUGCAUUAGAGACAAGAAUAUUCCACUUCAAAAUAUUCAUUUUGUGACUUUUCGCAACAAUCUCAAUAAGAUAUUGGCAACUGCUUAUAUUCGGAAUGAGCCUUGGGAGAUGGGUGUGCAUAAAAGGAAUGGGGUUGUCUAUCUUGAUGUACAUAAACUUCCUGAAAGGCCACAAAAUGAGAUGGAUCGUCGAAGGUGUUACUGGGGAUACUGUUUUGAGAGUCUUGCCACAGAAGAUCCAGGAAGAGGUGAUGGAGAGUUGAUACAUCACGUGGAUGCCAAUAUUGAAUACUGUUCAGUGAUUAAAACCAAAUUAGGGGCUCAUCGCAUUCUGAUGGGCGCUGAAAUGGAUUGCUGCGAUUCGACUGAUGAUGGAAGGAGAUUUUAUGUGGAGUUAAAGACAAGUCGUGAGUUGGAGUAUCAUACCGAGGAAAGAUUUGAGAGAGAGAAGCUCCUCAAGUUUUGGAUUCAAUCAUUUCUAGCAGGCGUUCCCUAUAUUGUAAUUGGAUUUAGGGAUGAUUCAGGAAGACUUGUUCGAACAGAGAGACUAAGAACUAAAGAUAUAACACACAGAGUAAAAGCGAAAAACUACUGGCAGGGUGGAGUUUGCUUGGCAUUUGCUGAUGAGGUACUAUGCUGGCUGUAUGGAACUGUUAAAGAGAACGAAGAUUACAUAUUGCAGUUUGCUCCUCCUUUCCACCGUCUAGAGCUCCUACAAGCGCAUUCUUGCCCAGAGGCAAUCACUAACCACGUUGAGCAGUUGUAGAAUUUAGCAAUGGCGAAGCACUGACCGCAGUGGGGUGAAGCACAGACAGGAAUUUGAUUGUUUCUCCUUUCCUCUCUGUCGUUUCUGCUUCUUCAUACUAGUUGUAACUUUUGAGGCACAAAACUAACAUCCAUCGUUAUGAACAGCAACUGCAGAUGCCUGUUACAUUGAUAACCCUUUUUUCCUUAAUAGUUAGUCGAUUGUAAUGAGGCCAAGGUUACCAAUUGAUAGAAAAUUUACAUAGUACUUUUGUAUCUUGUUUUUCACCAAGUGAGCGGUAUUUAUUAUGCAUGUGUAAUGACAUUC